AUGCUGAUCCAGUUUUCUGGAUUUGAAGUAGACCGCAAAUGGUUACCGACUUUCGAAUCUGACCCGCAGAAAGCAUGUGGUUACAUGGCUGUGAUGAAAGUGGCAUUGCGUGACUCACCACACCCAGAAGACCUGUUGGCCUGGCUUGAGACAAAUCACAGUACGUUGCUUGAGCUGUUGGACCACUGCCUUGUGCAAAUGGUUGAAGUGGACAGGCACAUAAGAAGGGGGAAAAUUACCCAUGUGCUCGACGACGAAACCGCCGGAAGGGGGUUCAUACGCGACUUACUUGAGUUCUUAGCUGUUUGGGCAGAGCGUGACAGCAGAGUCAGAGAUCGCCUGAUCAGCAGUGGUUUUAUGAACGACACUGUUAUUCGGCUGUGUCGAAAAUAUGCACAAGACUGCGUUGUUACCGCUAAAGUCAUGGCAAGGUUGCUAAGCGGGUUCCAAUGUCUCAGUGACUGGGUGGGCCAUCCUACACGAAAUGCCCAUGCUGCAAAGUUCAAGGAAAUAGCAAAGUGUUUUUGCCAGAUCUGCAUCGUCGGUUGCGAGGAGGACCAGUUGUUGGAAAUCUUUCUGUCAACUGCUAGACGUUUUGUGUUCGGCGACCAUGUCGGAUUUCCAUAUUGCUUCGCGGAGCUAUAUGCACAGCACCUGACGCUCGCGUGGACUAUCGUGUUUAACAAGAUCGAAGCGAUGAAAUAUAGUAGUACAAAAGAGAAGCUCCAUGCCUAUUUGAAAUUUUCCAAAAAGGAAUUGCUCUCUCUUGGUGAUACAAGAUCACAAGCGAGAGGCCUCGAAGUUGUCUUCAAGGUCGUGUCAGAGGAAGUUAAGAGAGAGAAAACGGAAAUACCAGCUGUGAUUGGAGCACUUGUACAACGUAUGCUAGCUCUGUUGAUGGGCGUUAUGAUGGGAACGAACCGAAGUUGA